ACACUAGUAACAAAGAUGCUGUGUCGACUUGUCAAAGACAGACAGUUUAGUUUUUUUCAUGAGAAAAACCUUUCAUCGUGUAUAAUUUUAACCUAAUGUAUUUAGUACAAUUGGUAUUACUUUCUUAGAGUUAUAAGUGAAUAGAUCUUGAUAUAAGCCACAAUGUCUCAAAGAGAUCCGGGCCCAAUACCUAAUAGGUGGCUAAGAUGUCCACGAAAAGCGACGGGCACCGUAGCUGAUAAGUUUAUUGCUUUUAAAACACCCUUGGGACCUCAAUUCAACGAUAAAGUGCAAGAAAAACACCGUUUCACACCAUCCAUGUUGUUUACAUUCAUGAAAAGUAUGAAAAUAAAGCUGGGUCUCUGGAUUGAUCUGACAAACACAAGUAGGUUUUAUGACAAGUCAGAAGUUGAAGAGGCAGGUUGUAAGUAUGUGAAGAUGCAAUGCCGUGGUCAUGGGGAAACACCAUCACCUGAGCAAACUAGAGAAUUCAUUCAACUAGUAAGCAGAUUCGUAAGCCAGAAGCCUUUAGAGAUGAUUGGCGUGCACUGUACCCACGGGUUCAACAGGACCGGCUUCCUGCUCGUCUCCUACAUGGUGGAACACUUAGAUUGCAGUGUACAGGCAGCUAUCAAUGAAUUCUCAAGGAUGAGGCCCCCUGGUAUAUACAAACAGGACUAUUUACAAGAGUUGUAUCGCCGUUACGAUGAAGUCGAACUAACGCCUGCUGCACCACCACUUCCCGACUGGUGUCAUGAGGAGGAAGAGGAAUGUGACGACGACGUUCCAAGUAAUUCGCAAAAUACGCCCUCGUCUACCAACCGCAAACACAAAGGCAAAGGGCGCCGCGAGACGACCCACAAGAAGGAGUCGUUCAUGCCGGGCGUGCGCGGCGUGGAGCCGUUCGCGACGCAGCCGCGCCUGGGCGAGGUGCAGCGCAAGGCGCAGCGCUUCUGCGACUGGGACAGCACCGGCUUCCCCGGCUCGCAGCCCGUCUCCAUGGACACCACCAACCUCAGGAAGCUGCACGAGAAGCCUUACCGGGUGUCGUGGAAGGCUGAUGGCGUUAGGUAUAUGAUGCUGAUUGACGGCGACGAUGAGGUGUACAUGCUAGACAGAGACAACUGCGUGUUCAAAGUGUCCGGUCUCAAGUUCUUACACAGCAAAGAUCGGAGAAGACAUUUGAAGAAUACUCUACUUGAUGGUGAGAUGGUGAUAGACAAAGUCGGCAACGAGGAUAUACCGAGAUACUUGUGCUACGAUAUCAUCAGCUUCGAAGGACAGGACACAAGCAAGCUGCCGUUCUAUCCAAACAGACUGAGCUACAUUGAAAACGAAAUUGUUAAUCCUAGGCACCAGGCUAUGAAAGAAGGUAUUAUUAGAAAAGACCGGGAACCAUUCAGUAUACGUUUGAAGCAGUUCUGGGAGCUCCCGAUGGCGAGGCAGUUGCUCGGCGAGAAGUUUGCGAAAACACUAUCGCAUGAACCUGAUGGACUCAUAUUUCAACCGUCUAAGGAGAGAUACACACCCGGACCAUGUGAAGAUGUUUUAAAAUGGAAGCCGAGUAACCUGAACAGUGUAGACUUUAAGUUAAAAAUUGUUACAGAGAGUGGACAAGGUAUUCUACCAACGAAGGUCGGCUUUUUAUAUGUCGGUCAACUGGAUAAGCCAUUCUCAUCGAUGAAGGUGACAAAAGAAAUAAAACACUUAGACAACAAGAUCAUUGAGUGCACGUUUGAGAACGGACGAUGGGUGUUCAUGAGGGAACGGACAGACAAGUCUUACCCAAACAGCUAUAAUACUGCCACUUCUGUUUGCGAGAGUAUAAAAGACCCAGUUACAAAGGAGAUCCUAUUAGACUACAUUGAUAACAACCGUUUCCACGACGACUCCGACAUGAUGCCGCCGCCGAAACGCAUGCGACGAUAGCAACGUUAAAUUUCUCUUAAUAAAGAUGUACGAUUGUCGCUGUUAUUACUUGUUUCUUUCUAAAAAUGUUAUAAAUGAGAUGUUUAAGAGAAUUGAGAUAAGCUAGAUUUUAAAGUGUCACAAGCGAAAUGGGUGUAUUUUCCUUAUGAAAUGUUUGGAUUAAUUUCGUAGUUACACAGUCGAUAUUUUGAUUGACAUUACAAUUGAAUACUGAGCAAAAAAAUAAUAAUUUCUCCCGAUAGAUGUGAUCAAGAUUCGCUAAUUGUUGCCGCGAUCAGACCGUACAGCUCCGUUGGUCACUGCGCUCAAUUCUCACAGUAAAGAGUCAAUCGCAAUUAUAUCUGCCUGUUCUGCCUGGUGAACAUAUUGUCUUUGUUUGGCUCAACAUGAUAUAACAUAUCUGGUUAAAACAAUUAAAGCCAUUCGCUGAAAAUAUCUACACUACGGCGUAGUUCAAUGGCGGAACAUUGAAUUCAAAAAUUAUCAGUUGAAAUGUAAUUAGUGCCACUUAUUAUUCGUACAUUCGUUGUUUAUCUUCCUUGUACUGUGGAACCAAUGUCGGGCAAUUAUAUCUGCGCUAAGCAAACUACAAAUAUAAGUUUUUAUAUUAUAAUAUAUGAGAAAUAAAGCAGUCUAUUGCGUUGUUUCACUAGUUAAUUAUACAGAAUAAUUAGUUAAAUAUUUUAUAUUACAAGUACAUUGUAGUAUUUGUUCAAUACCUGAAUGUCGGUGAAGCAGACAAAGCCAUGCUGACUUUUAUGAAUAGUUAAAAAGGAAAGAAACAAUUUAGAAGACCAUCACAAAACCAUCUUUUAUUAAAAUAGCACUACUAUUUCUCACUACUACGUAGGCUGUGUUACAUAAAAUGGUUGCUUUGAUAAACGAUUAAUUUGUAAAUAAAUUACUGGGCUAGGUUUCCCAGGUUGCCCCUGGGUUGACCGCGACAACCAAAGGGCUUUUGGUAUUGUUUAAGAUCUUUGUCGAGAUUUGAUAAAACAGAUUUGUUGUGAUCAUAAUUUGUGGAUUGUUAUGUUAUAGUAUUAUAAAAUAAAUACCUAUGAGUAGUUUA